AGACAACUCGUGAGCCAUCGGCGAUCACGUGACUGAAUGUAAAUUACGUCGCCAUUUUGUUCGCUGUAGGAAUGGCUAGUGAGCAAUGUACUUGGGAAAUUCUUACAAAAAAUGGACGAUAGUUGGACCUGUAUAUUUCACACAAACCGAUCAGAUCAAAGCUCAAGUUGAAAAGGCUUCAGUGACAUGCUCUCUUACGGUAUCUUUCCCAAAAUCUACAACUAAACCUUCAAAGUCUCUCCUCUUGUGGCCCAACCCCUUGCAAAAUGUAGAGGGUGGUUUUCACAAGCAACACAAUGCGAACCCAUGGAUCGAGGAUAGAAGGAAUGUUUUUGCUGUCACAACCGCAACGAAUAAUAGCACCGUCUAAGCACAUAUUUUGUGCAGCAGAUUUUAAAAUUGCACAAGGAAAUGACUGCAUUAUUUGCAGGACAAGAGAGUAAAUAAAGACUUCUGUGAUGACUGUGAUAAAGUAAAAGUGUGUGACAAUGGAAUUGGCUGAACAAAUCACUGAAAGUGAUAAAUAUGGAGAAAAUGAUACACAGACAUUGAAUUCUGAGGGAGAGGAAGAAGAAAAUCAUUAUGAGGAAGAGUACAGAUCUGAAAGGAGACGUAAAAAGAGUUUUAGUGACCCAGAUGAAAAGUGUAGUACAGGUGAUGUACACGAUGGAGAUGCGAACUCUGCUGUUGAUUACAAUAACAAACAUGUAAAGCGGAUGCGUUCAGGGGGAGAUCAUUCCGAUGGUGAUAGUGAUCACAGACAUCAUUCUCGUCAUCACCCAAUUGAUCGGGAAAGGGAUAGGGAGCAUGGAAACCAUCGCAGACGUCACCACAGGUCACGAAGGAGAGAUCGAGAGAGGUCACGUCACUCCCGUCGCAACAACGACUCUCGUAGCAGUCAGGAGCUGGAGGCAGAACUUGAGGACGGAGAAUUGGAGGAUGGCGAGCUAGAUGAUGAUGGUAGGAAUCAGUACAGCAGGGAAGUCCGGGAAAACAUCAGCCCCACCAAAGUUUCCCCCCCUAAAUUAGAUAAAAAGGAGAUCGAUGAAAAGUCUCCCCCAAAGAAACACCUGUUAGCAGGUCAAACAGAAGGUCACAACCCAGAUUACAGAGAUUUCCCUGAGAAUGCAGUGGCCAGGGCAAGUGAUGGAGAAGAGGAGGGCAAUAUAGAUGAGAAAGAAAGGUCACGACCUCGUAAGGAUGACCAUGAUGAUAAGAAAAGGCGAAAAGAAAAACGUGACAAGGAAAAACGGCGAAAGCAACAAAAGGAAGAUAAGAAGAAGAAAAAGCGCCGUGAUUACCAUGACUAUGACAAGGUGGAGGAGGAACAAGCCUGGGGAACUGGGACAGACAAACACGUAAACCAGAACACUCGAGACUCCCGAGGGAGCUACGACCGCAGUCCACCAGGGCCUUAUGACGACCAUUUUGAAGACCAGGGGCGAUACGAAAGAAACUACAACAGCCCUCCAGGGCACUACGACAGCCCGUAUGAUAGUCCUCCCGGCCCCUAUGACAGCCCCUCCUAUGAUGAGGACUCUGAAGGAGAAAUAUAUGAGCAGGGAAACCAGCGUAAGCCACGACGAACUAUGAUGAGCAUGGUAGAGGAUGACUACGUUGAUGCCAAUGUUGCCAUUGAUGAAGGGGAGAACAUCUACAAGCAACCGAGUGUAUCCAAUAAGAAAAUGAAGCAUAUGAAACAAAUGAAGAGGAAGAUGGAUCGCCAACAGCAAGCAGAUCAGCCACCAAAGAAGAAACCCUUACUGCUCACACCAAUGAAUGAACGUCCUAUCUGUAAAUUCUACAAGGAAGGAAAGUGUUCGAAGGGAAACGAUUGUCCCUUCAACCACGACUACCGACCACCAAAAAAGAUGGAUCUCUGCAAGUUCUACCUGAAUUCCCAAUGUUCGAAGGGAGACAACUGUAUUUUCAUGCAUGGGGAAUUUCCUUGUAAAUUUUUCCACACUGGAGCGAAAUGUUACAGCGGUGACAACUGUAAGUUCUCUCAUGAUCCACUUACGGAUGAAACAGGCCCUCUUGUGGAUAAGUUUUUCCAGGACUUCCCUAGAGAAGAGGAAAUGUAUACUGAGGGACAGAGGAUGGGUCCACCUCGGCCAAGUCUUCUAGGAUCACCGCCACGACACAUAACAGACCAGUCAGAUCGAGUCAAGAAGAUCCCGUCAAUAUUCGAUAUCAAAGUGUACCCACCAGGCCAAAGUCCAAAGAAACCCAUGCUUAAUGAUGGCCCUCCGAAUAUACAUCCUCCUCAGAUGUGUGGCCCUUCUCCCAGACCAAGUGGAUUUUAUAAUGAUAUGAAUCAGCCUCCUCCUAUGCAGGGACAGGGUCCACCCAUGCCUCAUCAGCAAGGUCCACAAAUGCCUGGGCCAAAUCAACAGGGGCCAUCUAUGCCUGGACCCCACCAGCAGGGUCCUCACAUGUCAGGCCCUCGUCAACAGGGACCCCCAAUGUCUGGUCCCCACCAACAGGGCCCUCCAAUGUCAGGGCCCCAUCAACAGGGCCCUCUGAUGUCAGGACCCCAUCAACAGGGCCCUCCAAUGCCUGGACCUCGCCCACAUGGGCCCCCAAUGUCUGGCCCCAACCUGCAGGGCCCAGGAAUGCCUCCAAUGCAGGGUCCACCGAUGCGGGGACCUCAUAUGCAGGGCCCACCUAUGCAGAACCCACCUGUUUCCUCUUCAGCUAUGAACCCAGCGGUUGCACUUGUUGGGGCACUCUUACGACAGGCUGCACCUCAGGUUCUCCGACAAAACAUACGACCACCUGGACCACAAAAUUUGAGACACCCUGGAUCCCAGAACAUGAGACCCCCUGGACCUCAAAACAUGGCUCCACCAGGACCAAUGCAGAACAUGCCUCCCCCUUUUAAGGGGCCUAACCAGACAGGGCCCUUCAGCUCAACACAGGGAACGUAUGGUCCCUCUAGUGAUACAAUUAUGAGUCCAACUCAUGAACAAAACCCAGCCCCUGCUGAUAAGCCACUGGAGGACAAGGAGGGAGAUCACAUGAAUGCUGACAGAGUAGAAGCAAAGGCUGAAAACACUGGCAGGAAUACUAAAGACCCAGAGAAAACAGAACAAUCAGGAGCUGAGACUGACCCUGAGGCAGUAUCUGCUGAUGAAGAGUCGAACGAAAAAAAAUUGUCCACUCUCGGGGUCAACUUAGAUACACUGACUCACCUUCCUGCCAAACAGCGUGAGCUCUUCCUCCGCAUACAGAACCAACAAGGAGAUGGAGUGAAGGAUGCAAAGGCGGACCAAGAGGACAAAGUUGACCAGGCGCAAAUGGAUGAUGACAACUGGUACUCGAGUGAUGAAGAGGAUGUGUCGUCUUCAAAACCAAAGCUCACAGACAUUCUUAAAAACCUCUCGCAACAGCCGACUCCUGAUAGUCCUCAGACCCCUGUACCAACCAGCCACUCACAAUCAUCUGCCCUGGACAUCAUGCAGAUGAUUAACAGUAUACGCACUCAAGCUAACACCAAUGUCGGAACUCCAGAUAUACCGGCGAACAGUAACCCUCCAACCUUCCCUAAGGAUGCAUCGGGUGUUGCCCAGUUCACUAACGACAGUCCUAAGGUUUUUACGGCCAGCCCUGACCCAGUCAUCAUCAACUCAUCUGAGGGCGACAUUCCUUAUAAACUUAGACUUAUUACAGUAGACCAAUCACAAUACAAUAAACCCCCUCAAGGAAUGGAUGUGCAUCAUGUGCAGUUCAAGAAUGAUCCUCGUAUAAAAAAAUUCCUCAUAUAUUUGGAGUCUCUUCCUCAGAAAGAGGUCAAACCUGUGAAACCUGUUAUCUCCCAACCCGCAGUAGGAGUUGAUACAGUGGAAGUUGUUCCCAAGAUUGACCCUCGCACAGGGCAGCCUGCUGAACGUCGCAUGGAUCCCAGGUUUAAACUUCGUGUGGAUGCAGCUAUAGAAGGAUCCCGAUCAUUGAACCCUCACCUUCAGGGGUCCGUAUCAGACAAUUUGGUUGCACAAUCUAAUAUUCCACCACAUUUACAGCGUGCACCCUCCAACCCAUUACCCACCUCACUAAAUAUGGGUAUUAAUCCACGUCCAGACAUUGGACCACAAAAGCCACUUGACCCAAGGAUGGCUCGGCAAAUGAGUCGGGAUGGUAAUGCCACAGGUGGGCUGCCUCCAAAAGCAGAUCCAAGGAUUGGUCGACAAAUGGCUGGACCUCCAUUUGCUAGCUCCAACGGUAUGGCAGUUGACCCCUUGUCAAGACAAGUUGAUUCUCGUAUGGGUUCACAAGAUCCUAGAAAGGGACAGCAAGAUCCACGAAAGGGUCCACAAGAUCCUAGGAUGGGACCACAAGAUCCCAGGAUUGGUCUACAAGACCCACGAAUGGGUCUGCAAGAUCCACGAAUGGGUCUGCAAGAUCCAAGAAUGGGUCUGCAAGACCCACGAAUGGGGCAACAAGAUCCCAGAAUGGGCCAACAUGAUCCAAGAAUGGGUCCACAAGAUCCAAGAAAGGGUUCUCAAGAUCUUAGAAUGGGUUUACAAGAUUCCAGACUGGGUCCCCAAGAUCCAAGAAGUGGUCCCCAAGAUCCAAGAAGUGGUCCCAAAGAUCCAAGAAGUGGUCCACAAGAUCCAAGAAGUGGACCCCAAGAUCCAAGAAGUGGUCCACAAGAUCCAAGAAGUGGUCCCCAAGAGCCAAGAAUAGGAAAUAAGGAUCCAAGAGUGAAUCCAGAUCCCAGAAAAUUUCCACAAGAUCCUCGCACUAUUGCAGAUAUGGAAUCUCAGCGACCAAUAGAUCCCCGCUCCUUGCAGCGACAGGGGUCAAUAGGGGCCGAUCCCAGGAAGCCUUCUGCACUAGACCCCAGACGAUCUUUACAAGGAGAUAUGUCUAGUGGACAAUCCAGCAGUGAUUCUGAAAACAAAAAAAUAGAUGAAUCAGACACCCCUAAGCCAAAGCUUGAUUACAGAAAUGACCCAAGAUUCAAACGGAAACCCGCCAGUGAAUCUGUGGUACACAAGAGAUACACAGGGCAGCGCAAAAGUAGCAUGGACUAUAGCUCCCCACUUGGGCUGGAUAGUGAGGACAAAGGGGAAGGAACCUCUGGCUACAAUAGUUACCACCGACCCCCACCAGACAGUGCUAAACACAAAACAGACAAUCGGGGAGUUGUUAAAAAUAAACUUGACCCUAGGACUAGUAAGCCUGAAGGCUCAUCAUCGCCAAACGUUGAUUCCAGCCCCAUACCACCUCUGCCCCCUGAUGGGGAUAUUUGCAUGCCCGUUGCUCUAGAGCUGCCCCCCUUUAUACCCCCAAAUGCAUUAGAACCUCAAAUGAAGGAUUUCUUUAAGACAAUGGAUCCCACAGCAUCACCGUUCUGCUGAUCAAGGCUGUUGUUCAGCCUUACAAUGAUCAAAUGUGUUCUUUAGCCACUCACCAAGCCUACAGUGCAUACACAAACAUUACAUCACUUGGAAUUUGUGACAAAUUAUUCCUAGCAAGUGUCCUCAGUGUUGUCUGUUUUUUUUUACUGUGUAAUCAUGAAAUCAGUCGCUUCAAAUUCAGUUGAGGAUCAACCCCCGGUGUGAUGACAACAUGUCGGCUGAAAUUGUGUAUGGAUAUGACAUCAUGAACUGAAGAUAUACUGGGAGAAUUUUACUGGCAGCAUGAUCAUGUGUCUAAAUCAGUACAGUGUAACCGUGUGAACAGAUCCUUGGUGAAAAACACAAAAGUGUGGUGUUGUCUGUGCACUGUAGGUAGACUCAAGGUGAAACACUUUACAAUCUAUUAUUGUUGUAGGAAAUGAAAUUGAUGAAGUUAAAUUUGUUGUUUAAUCCUGUUGUGAAGUCUCUGUUAAUGAGUUUGUGAACAAUGUCUUUACUACGAUAUUUUGUCUGCAUUAAGCCCUCUCACUCUCUGCAUUUCCUUUAAAAAUGAUGAUAUCAAAUAUAUUAGUGAGAAGGCUGGCUUAAUACAGAGGCUGGGUUUGUCACUACUGUAUGUUACCUACUGGAUGUGUGUGAUUGUUUGAUAAGUGUCCUAUCAUAUGAUGAUAUACAGAAACAGGGAUUUUCCUUAUCAGUUUUAACAUGGGCCUUUAAGUUGGGAACUUUUUGCUGUAAAUCGGAGAAAUUAGUUUUAAGUAAUAACAAUAUACUCUUUUUAAAGGUUGUUUCGUAAGUAGAUUUUUACAUUUUCAAUUAUUCAGACUUGUAGGAUUUUUUAGAGGAAAGAUUUGGGUUGGGAUGGAAUUGGAAAAUCAUAAAUUAAGGAGCAAAAAUCAAAACUAAAACAGACCGAGGAAAAUCCCUUAUAUGUACUAGAAUACACAUCUGAUAAUCUGUAAUUAACUAUACAUGUAUUCUACAUGUGCAUAUAUUCUACAUAUGUGUACUGAAAUCUACGUGUGCGCACACAGUAUUCUACAUAUGUACAGUAUUCUACAUAUGUGUACACUGUUCUACAUGUGUACUUUUACAUAUUUGUACCGUAUUCUACAUGCAUUUACACUCUUUCUACAUAUGUGUACUGUAUUCUACAUGUGUGCACACUACAGUAUUCUACAUCUGUGAACUGUAUUCUACUGACACUAGUUACAUAUUUAUAGCAAUUAUAUACAUGCUCAUGUCAAAAACACCAAACAACAUGACUACCUGAUCAAACCUUGUGAAACACAGUAUUGCUGGUAAUCUGACUCGGGAAGCAGUUUCUUGAGAUAUUAAAAUGAGGUAUAAUAGUAAUACAGUAAGAUAUAGAUAGGGAAUGGUUUCCUCAGAUUCUGGAAGUAACAAUCAGUAGUAGAUACACAAGAUACCAGCAGCAGCAAAUCAUAAUUAUAUCAUCAUAACUACUGUUAUAGAGCAACAAGGCUAUCAACUCUGGUACUGUGAGGAAACCUAAACUUUAAAUCUUCUGAAGUUGGGGUUUGCUAUACAAUCUUUAUUUUUAGCUCACCUCAGUCCUCGUUCAGCGUCAAGAUUUUUCCUUACUUCCAAAUAGAUUCUCGAAAAUUUCAGUACUUGGUAAUUACUUUUAUAGCAUGCUUGAGGAAAGUGCUUUGAGUUUGUUAUGGUUAUGCAUGUUUUUUUCCCAUUUUCAAGGUCAUUGGGGUCCAAUGUUUUAAAAACUUUUAAACAUUUACUUCUCAUUCUCAUGCUGACUGUCUUCCAAAGAUCUAUAAGCCCUGGAGUAGUUGGCCUGUAGCCUGCUUUGUUAAGGUGCCAUGCAUUUUU